GAUUUUGUUGGUUACAAAAUGUUCUAAUUUGGACAUUUUAAUAUUUCGCACAAUUUUUCUACAAUGAAAUAUAGCGAAACAUUACGAGUUUACACUGACCAAUGUCUUGUCCUUACCUAGUAAAAUACCAAGUCUGAGAUCAGUCUGCAGAUAUGAGUGGUCCAGUGGCUCAUGUGGAAAAUGCACAUGUGGCAGUAUGGAUUGCAUUGAAGAGGCUUGACCUUAAUGAUGACAGAGUUAUAGCUCUGAGAGAAGUUCACAUUCCCAGAGGGACAAAAAUGGCCACAGUGAAACAGAUUGUAGCUCAUUCUUUCAGACUGGAUGUUGCUCAGGUCACCUUCAAGAUACGAAACAGUCAAGGAUUUUUAAUCCCUUUGAAUGGCCGCAUACCAGUGAACACCAAACAAAUGCCUUAUGUCUUGGAGGUGACAAGAUAUUUUCAGCAUGUUAAUGCAAAAUCCAGAGACAUUGCCAUGACGGUGAUAAGUAGAAGCUUCAAGUCAAGACUACAGAGUAUUGUGAGAAGGAUUGAAAGACUGGAAGAACUCCUGCCUCAAAUCAAGCAAAAGCAGAAUGAGAAGAUGGUGAAGGAUGUUGAACUGUUGAACCAGAAGCUGAUAUUCCUACACAAAAGAAUGCAGAUGGCAGAGUCAUACUGCUGGGAGGGAAUGUUUAAACGAGCACCACUCUGGUGAUAAUUCUUUUUUUUUUUUUGUUCUCCACUCCAACCUCCUGGGUAAACAGCAGGGAAUUUUAGCGUUUUUCAAACAGUUAAACUAUGUGCUCAACUCGUUUACUUACUAAAAUAGUAAUGCUGAAAAACACUUACCAAAGCAUUGUGUCACUGGCCAUUUAUCAGAUUCAUACAUUUAUUCAUUGCAUUACUGCAUAAUGUACAACCUAUCUAUACUUUCAGCAAUAAGCAGUUCGACAAGUGUUAAUGAUAACAUUGUCUAUGUUUACAUGCACAUCAAAUUCCAUUUAAGGGCUAUAUUCGUGUUGCGGUCAUGCUUCUUUCCUACAGCUAAGCAUAUGUUAGCACCCACAAUUCCUUGUGGACUGAGCAUGCACAUAUAUCUCCUUUCAGUGGAUUUUCUGAAUAAGGUGUUUAGAUUCGGCACAUUUCAGAUUAAAACAGGCAUAUUCAGAAUUUGGGGUAUCAGAAUAUUGUCCUUAUCUGAAUUGGGUAAUUGGACUGCAGUUUAUCUGACUCAUUUCUAUUCGGAAUAUUGAUUUGCAUGUAAACAUUGCCAUUGACAACAUGAUGUAAUAAGGACUUUUCUUCACCUGUAUUGAAAAUGGGUUCACAAGGCUUUUCAGCACUAUGCACUUUUGUGGCAUACAAGUGCAUUACUAUUUCUUAAAACAAAUACUAAUAUUAAAAGUAAAAAGCAACAGCAUCUCAGUGAGAUGCUGGGUCACCAGAUUGCCUUGGAUUUACACCAUUUCAUAUUCAUCAAACCAUUAAGUAAGUCCUUAGAAGAGACUGUAUCCAUGAGGAUAGAAAAUGUUCAUCAUAGACAUGAUCACUUUGUACUGAUUUGCGUUCCAUCUAAAGGGAAGAGUGGACCCAAACCAUGUCAGCAAAAUGACCUUCUCAACUUAACAGCCACAAAUAUUUAAAUUUGUUACCCGUUUAUAUAUUGUGAUAGUGAACCUAAAGUAGGUAUUUUGUAUUAUAAAGUGUAACUGCUGACACACACAUGCAUUGACAUUUAACAGUGUCCUCCUUUUUCAAAUUUUUUCACAGGGAAGAAUUUUGUUGGUUUUGUUAUUCCCAUUAAGAGGUUUGACCAUGUUUAAAACAAGCAACAGAUCAGCAGAAUACUAUCUAGGUCUAUAAUCAGUAGUCUCACACCCUAUUGAGUAUAGAUUUGCCCAGUCUUUUUGAUAGAGUAAAGAAAAGCAUGUGACUAGUUUGUCUCCACUUGUUUAUUGUUUCAGGAAAAUGUCAGCCUAAGCAAAUGUUCACUGUCUCAGAACUCCCAAAGAUGCUAAAAAGUACCAAAAUAUAUUUUCCAAAAUUCCAUGUAUAGAAACCUUAUUGAGCUGCAUGAGGGAGACAGAAGACAUAUGUAGAUGACUGGCUCUCACUGAGGACUCCAACCUUACAGCUGCACUACUGAACCUCUGCAGACAUCAAGUCACCCUCAGCCAUUGCAUGUAGUUUGCACAUCCACAACUGAAAAACUAGUCAUUACACUUUGAGCCUCAAGAAGAUGGAUAAAAUACAAAUUAUUUGUUGACACAUACCAAAAGCAGAGGAAUGAUAUUAAUGUUUCAAAUUUAGAUUGUAUGUCUUUGAUUUUAACCCUUCUUAUCAGGAAAGUUAAAUGGCUUUUGCAAAGCUGCUUGUUUUUACUUUCAAAUUUAAAACAAUUGCAUCAAUCACAUAAUUUACAAAAAGAAAUGUAUUUGAAUACAAUUACAUUGGUGUUCAGAAAGUUACAGAUACUCAUGAUGAAGAAAAAAAAGUUCCUGGAAAAUUAUGUACAAAGGUAUGAGCACAUAAAAGUUCACAAAUUUUAAUUGAUGUGACUACUGUCCUUUGAGUGACAGCUCCACUCAUUCAUGUAGAUAUGUUAAUGAGG